AAACAAGUUAUAAAAAAACAAAAUGACAAACAGACAUUUUAUUUUUUAUUUUCUAUUGGCGGUUUUUGGUGAUUACCGGCUGUACUUCUUCAGUAAAUAAUAUAAUUUCCCUCUUUUCUUGUGAUUUAGUUCAGUGGUUAGUUUGUAAAUAUGAAUUCCGACGACGAAAGAGACGAAAAUAAUAUACCAGAUUGGAAGGGUUGUCCUGGAAGUGUUAUUCUGAUUAAUGUUUUGGAUUCUUCAAGGAAUACAGCAGCUAAUGCACAUGCAGCGACUUGCGAGAUGCUGAAGCAAUAUUUAAGAAUUUCAAGUGCUCACAAUAUAGCCGUGUGCUUGUAUGGUAUCGAAGAUACCCAGACAUCGGCAUUGGGGGCCAAAAGCGUUGUAGAAGUGUUUCCUUUGACUUCAGGAACGUUGGAUAAUUUCCAGAAACUACGCAACAUUAAUCUAUCUCAAUAUAAACCGGCAAAAGACUUUCAAUUAUCUGAUGUUUUGUGGCAUUGCAGUAAAUUGUUUACAAAUUGUAAAAGACAGUUGUCAUCAAGGAGUGUCAUCAUGUUGACAAGGCUUGAUACGCCGCCUGUGCCGUCUGAUCAUAAGCCAACUCUUAAAAGAGUAGUUGAUCUAGUUGAUUCAAACAUUGAAAUAAGAGUAAUAAAUGUUGCUGAAGGUGAUUAUAAAAUUGAUCCAUUUUAUGAGCAAUUUUUGAAAGAAGUAAACAAAGGAAGAGAUUACGUCUUGCCAGCGCCAGUCUGGAAUGUUACAGAAAUUGAAAAGGUUAUGCAUCAGCAAACCCAUCGCCAUUUAGCUGUAUCCCACUUGAACUUUGAAAUUGGUAAUGGUAUGUCUAUAGGAGUUGGUUUAUACAACUUAUUAAUCAAAUCACCUCUGUACCAACAAAAAAGGGUUAAUCUGGAAAGAGAAACCAAUGCUAUUGUCUCAAGUGUUACCAAAACUAUGAAAGUUACAACUGACAAUGAAGAUAUUCUAGCAAUGGAUGUAGAUGAAGAGGAAAGUGGACCUAGACAGGUGCCACUGCUGAAAUCAGAAAUACUGUUCUACCAGGAAUAUGGUGGAGAAAAAGUUGAAUUCACAGAUGCUGAAAUGAAAAAACUAAGAAAUCCAUUUGGUCCCCCUAUGAUGAAACUUCUGGGAUUUAAACCAGCAAGGGUAAUGUCUAAGGAGAGAUGGUUUUUGAAAUCAGGAUACUUUUUGUUUCCCAAUGAGGGACUUGUUGAAGGGUCUACCUUAACAUUUAAUGCUAUGCAUAAAGCUUUAGUUGAAACUGGUACAGUGGGUAUUUGUUGUCUAGGUACUAGGUUGAAUUGCAAACCGACAAUAGUUGCAUUGUCACCAUGCAAACAUCCACUUGGUCUUAACAUAGAGACAGGAUUUGAUGUCAUUCAGAUACCAUUUGUGGAGAAUGUUAGGGAUAUUCCUGCAAUUGAUGAUGUAGAAGAAAGUAAUGUCACUGAAGAAAAAAAGAUACUAAUGGGAGAUGUAAUAAAGAAAUUGCAUAUUGAUUACAAACCAGAUAUGUUUGAAAACCCAAAAUUGCAAUCUACAUACAAAGCUAUUGAGGCCAUAGCCUUGGAGGAGGAAGAUGUUCAACCAUAUGUUGAUACCACAAUCCCUAACCCUGAGAAGUUUGCAGGUGUCAAAGAAGAUCUUUUUGAAGAGCUGUUUGGUCCAUUUGAACAAGCUGCACCUAAGAGAUCUACUUCAUCUAAGGAUUCAGGUGCAAGUAGCAAAAAAGCUAAAGGAGAGGAAAUAGAUACUUCAUUGUUACAAGAGAGAAUACAGUGUGAGACUGUACAUCAAUACACAGUUGCACAGCUGAAAGAAAUAUUGAAGAACACUGGCAAUUCUGAUAUUCCUGCAUUGACAGGACUGAAAAAGAACGAACUAGUGGAUCUAGUUUACCAAUUUUGCAGUUAAAAUGCAGAUUGUUUUUAUGUUGAAAUUAAGAGCAAAUAGUACUUGGAAGUUGUUUAAGUUUGUUGGAGUACAUAAUAAAUUAUAUUUUUUAAAACAGAAAUAAAAGAAUGUUCAUCAUGAAAAA